AUGCUGCUCCUCUCCGCCGCCGCCUCGCUUUCCUUCAGCUUAAUCGCCGGCACCGACGGGAAGUUCCCUCCAUGGCCCGAGUGGGAGCGUCCUCCGGCCGAGUACGAGGAGCUGGUUGCGACGUUUGUCGAAGGGGCGACGACGGUGCCGCUCGGCGCGUCGGCCGGCCAAGGCGUCGGGUGGGAAGAGUGGGCGGACGGCGGCUUCAGCGUGCACUUGCUCUUGACUCGCCGCCUGAGCCGGCAGACGUACAUCGCGGCGCUGGACGGGCUUCUCGGCCUGGUGGUGCGCUGCCAGCAGACCUACCCGGACCUAUACGCCGUGCUCAAGUUCGAGGUCGCGCCGCUGGACGGAGGCAAGCCGAGGGAGGUGCGGCGGGCGCUCGACGACGUGCAGCGCGCGCUCGAGCAGAGCUGGCUGUUGGUGGCAGCGUACCUCACUCUGCCGACCGCGGAGGACCGAGAAGACUUGCUCUGGUCCGCGCGGACGGUGACGGAGAAGGUCAAGACGGACCAGCGCUCGCGCUCGCUCGAGGUGCUCUGCCUCGCCUUCUUCUGGCGCGGCGCCGACGAGUACCGCCUGCUCGACCGCUCGCUGUGGCCGUCGCUGAAGAGCUCCUUCGAGACCAACUUUGGGGCGAGCAGCGGCAGGACUGUGGGUGCCGAGCUCACACAGAAUGGGAACUGGCAACUGGAUUCGAUGCUCUGGAGGUAUGGCGUGCCGGAGGAGUGGGAGCGCGACUCGAGCGAGGUUGCGUACAUGCUCGACCGGAUCGCGCGCGCGGGCCCCGAGGAGAAGCCCUUCCUGCUCCGCCGCCAAGGCGCGGCGGCGCGGCUGAGCGGAGAGCUGGCGGCGACCGGACGGCUGGUCGAGCUGUGCGCCAGCUGCGGGGCGUACGACGAGGAGGGCCUCUGCGUUGUGACGGAGGACGACGUGGGCGACCGGAUGCUGCUGCAGGUCAAGCAGAUCGAGACUACCGCCACGCUGAUGGCCUCGAUCCGCUCCGCGUGCGCCGAGUCGUGCCCGGUCGUCCUCUCGCAGUACGACGCGCUGCUGCGCUCGCCGCAGCUCUCUCUCUCGACGCUCGAGCGUGUCGAGUUCGACGCACUCGGCGCGAUGCUCGACCUGGAGGGGAGCUUCGUCGCGAGCGCGCUGCUCGAGUGGCGGAACCCGGAGCUGCUCUUCCGGUACUACGACGACAACCGGCAGGACGAGCGGAUGGCGCUCACCCGCCGCUGGCGAGUCGAGGGCGAGACGCUGCGCGAGAUCCGGCGCGCCUCCGCGGCCAACCGGCGGCACCUGGACAUGUUUUCGGAGGAGGUGCUCGAGCGGUGGUACGCGGAGGACUGCCCGGGCACCUCGCAGACCAAGACGCUCUUCAUGGUUGGGGAGGACGCGGGGUCGUGCCUGCGCGUCAUCUCGUCCGAGGGGAGCAGGUACAACAAGGCGCUGAUGGGGUACGUGCUGCAGUCGCACGUGCGGGUGCUGGUCGUCACAGACAACGUGGGGCGCGUGAUGGCGCGCCCCGUCGUCUGGAUCACGGCCCUCGCGCGCUCCGUCAUCCGGCUGCUCCUCCGCUCCGACACGCGCGAGCCGGUCAUCUUUGCCGACCCGAUGUUCUUCACGCUCGGCUUCAGCUACGAGCUGCAGGCGGAGCUGCUCUACCAGGCGCGCGCGCUGCAGGAGCACAUGGGCGUGCCCGUCGUGCACGCCUGCUCCGUGCUAGCGGCGCCGCCCGAGCCAGGGAGCUGCCCCGAGGGCGGGUACGUGCGUCGCGUGACCGAGCUCGACUACGACGUCGUGUGGGUCGAGCUGCUGGAGUGCGACGGCGUCGCGCCGUACACCUACUCGGAGGAGCUGCCGUACGACGAGCUGCUGCAGCAGCACACCGCGGGCGUGCUCACGCGCACCGCGGAGCAGCCGCAGCUCGUCAUCGCCGUGCUCCCUCGCUCCGACAGCCCGUCGGCGGACCGGUACGCGCGCGAGAGGCAGGGGCUGACCGGCUGGACGAUCGUGCCCGAGAAGCCGCGCGACGACGCGGGCGGCACGCGCACGAACAACCACCGCUCCUAUUUUGGCCCCGCGACCGCGGAGCCGCCGCCCGACUCGCUGCCCGAGGGGUUCGUCGCGCCGGCGCUGGACGGAUGAGGGGGCCUCGCGCCGCGAGCCUAUGCACUCUGUCCACUGAGAUGUGGGACUCUUCUCUCUCUCGCCUUUCUGUGGUGUGGACUGUGGUGUGGUUACCGACUAGGUCGUACGUACUGAUCGACGUCGCGUACUUUUUAACUACACAAAACAAUGUUAGAGG